AUGUUUGCUCAAUUUCGUACUGAAGGGUUCAAUGGUUACUCGACCAAGUGGAGUCCAUUUUUUGAAAAUAAACUUGCUGUUGCAAGCGCAUCAAACUUUGGUUUAGUAGGUAACGGAAGACUCUUUAUCAUGGGCGUUCAAGGAAUGAAUAUGACGGUGGAAAGAGCUUAUGAUACACAAGACGGUUUAUACGAUGUUGCUUGGAGUGAAGUGAACGAGAAUCAGCUUGUCGUGUCAAGCGGUGAUGGUUCAAUCAAGAUGUGGGAUACUACGUUGGCAGAUUAUCCAAUUCAGAAUUGGCAAGAGCAUCAACGCGAGGUGUUUUCAGUUGAUUGGAAUUUGGUAACAAAGGAUGUGUUUUCGAGUGGUUCAUGGGAUCAUACGGUCAAAAUUUGGAAUCCUCAAGCACCAAGAUCAUUACAGACAUAUACAGAACACACUCACUGUGUCUACAGCACUGCAUGGUCUCCUUAUAGUCCUACUCGUCUUGCUUCAGCUUCAGGAGAUCAAACCGUCAAAAUUUGGGAUACAAAUAGCCCUCGAUCCAUUCAAACACUGCGUGCUCACAAUAACGAGAUUUUAUCUCUUGAUUGGAACAAGUAUCAGGAUCAUAUGCUGGUAACUGGGUCUGUUGACAAAACAAUCAAAGUAUGGGAUCUGCGUCGCCCUGAUAGAGAGGUAAUUUGCCUUCCGGGUCAUGAAUUUGCUGUCCGUAGAGUGCGUUGGUCGCCACAUCGACCCAACAUUCUAGCAAGUGCUGCCUAUGACAUGAGUGUUAGAUUUUGGGAUACAGCAGCACCUCCUGGCCAGAACCUGAUUUAUGUACAUGAUGCGCACACCGAGUUUGUACUUGGCCUUGAUUUCAAUUUGUAUGUGGAGGGGCAAGUGGCAACUUGUGCCUGGGAUGAAAAGGUGAAUGUAUUGGUGCCACCACCACUUUUACGGCGAUAG